AUGGUGGAUUACCAUGCCGACCACACAGCACCCCACUCCCGACUGGGACCACUGGCUCAGACAGGGCCUCGCACGCUGGCCCAAGGUCUGCCGCAAACGUCGGGACUGGCGAACUACCAGCCUACGUCAAACACGGAUGCAACAACCUCCGACCGCGACGAAGUGGCGGAAGGACUCCGCCACCUUCUGGACAACUGGAUCCCCCGGCGAAAAAAACAACGCGUCCCAGGCACCUAG